AUGCAGUUUUUUACAAGUGUUGUGGAUAUAUUUCUUCCCCCUGAAGAAAAGACGUUAAACAGCCGAAUCAGAAUCUACCUGCUAGUUGCAACCGAAGAUAAUGUUACAGGGGAGUCCGUGAUUCAAGAAAGAAAGCAUUUUAGUUCGUACACUGAAAAAGUUUAUCUGAAACGUGCUUUGAAGAAAGAGUUUGUGGAAUUUAAAAAGAACUCAAACCCAAUGGAGGCGAUACCGUAUUUAAACGCGAUGUCUUUAAAUGAGACAGACCGAAUAAGGAAAAACACUACACUUGUGAUUGUUAUGUUUGGCAGCCAUCAGAACAUGAAUUUGUCCUAUUCUGAAAGCGAUCUGCACAAUGAUUUUGAUAUUUCCGACCAUAAUGUGAUAGUUAAGUUAUUCAUGCUCGUGUUAAAAGAUAUGCCCCCGGAUCGGCUAAAACUGACAUCCAGUGUGGCAAUAUAUAAAAUAGCCGACAUUCGUAGCGACCUUGGAACAAUUAUGUCGAUUCUCAUGUGUAAGUCUUGCUUCCUCGGCUGGUUUGGCGGUGCCAGCCAAUCAGCGGCCUUUGGUAAAACUAUAGGUACAUCAUGCUACAAGCUGGGAUCGAGUCCCAACCAAAUCAGUUGGAUAGAUGCCAAUGAGUUGUGUAAAGGAAGUAAUUCUCAAUUGGUGUCUAUAGAAACGAAGACGGAACUGAUAACACUGAGACAACAACUAAAUCAACAGAUUGAGAAAAUGCCAGUGGUCGAGGGUAUCACAGACCAUGUUUCAAUAUAUAUCGGGUUACGGAGACUAAAGUCAACAGUUGGGAAGCGAUUUCGUUGGCUGAACGAUCAUCCUCUUGUGUAUACUCACUGGGGACACUUAGAACCACAAGGGGGCAGCAUUCGGGGUUGCGUCAAGUGGGACUUGUUUAAUCUAUCAUACUCUUCAAACAUCAAUGAGGAGCUGAUGAACAACUCGGACAAGCUUCUGCUAGCGACAACGAAGGGUACAUGGACUGCUGUAGGAUGUGGACAUGCGGUUACAAAAUACUACUUGUGUGAGAAUAUAAUCAACGUCCCGCUUAAUUCCCCGUCUCACCACGACAAGAAAUUUAAUUUAAAGGUUCCGGAUUAUGAAAGCAUUACUCGAGCCAUUGGGCGCGGAGAGAUAGGCUUUGUGCAAAAUGUAAACAUGUUUAUGUCGUUAUCGCCACUUUUAAAACUGUGGAAAUCCGAGCGGGCGGCGGUGAACGGCUUCGCUUAUGUUAAUCACAAGAUGGAGAUCACUGUUGCCUUGAGCGAGAUUAAACUGUACCACUGCGAAGGAAAUGACGGAAAGAUACCUUACACUUCUGUCUGCGAUGUCACCCGAGACUGCCCUUUCGCUCUUGAUGAAACUGUUUGCAGAAAAUGUAAUUCAGAGGAGAGGGAAUGCGCGGCCAGUGGGCAGUGCAUACCCACAGACUCCUGGUGCGAUUUGGUGCCUGACUGCCAGGACAACAGCGACGAAGUCAACUGUGACACAUGCCAACAUGGCUUAUGCACAGAUGGCAGGUGCAUGGCGAAAAGCUGGUUCGCAGAUGGGGAAAUGGACUGCGCGGGAUGUGGUUCUAGUAACAACAUCUCGUACGAGAUGGAUUAUGUCCAGACACAUAAGAUAGCGCAUUGUCUAUUUACAUGUAAUCGUACUGAAUGCGUGUUUCAGUGGAUGUUAAACGACUCUAUUUUGCACUGCAAAGGACCCGAAGGACCGAUAGAUGAGACAAUUGGGGCUUUUGAGAUUGCAUCAUGCCACACGGUGUCAGACAGUGUACCGUCUCAGUUCAGUAAUUGGGGCCCGAAAUGUGUCUAUGUUAAGGAUAUCUACGGUGAGCUACUUGGGUGUAGAAACAUGCGCCAUUUGCAAGGCUGCGAAAACUUCACUUGCCCAGAUGGAUAUUACCAGUGCCCGCAAUCCUACUGCAUCCCUACACAUUAUAUACGGGAUGGAAUCAUGGACUGCCCUCACGGAGCAGAUGAAGAUUACGAAAUGCAAUUUUUAGAGUGCCCCUUCUAUUUUAUGUGUCAGGUUCCAAUCAGUCGUGGAAAUUCACAUCUGUGUCUUCACCCGAAGUUGGUCUGCGAUGGCAGGAUAGACUGCCCAGAAGGCGAUGAUGAGUUAAACUGUUUCUUGAAUUGCCUGGAUGGCUUUCGCUGUCUAGCCGGCACUAUGAUCGUCAACGAUUAUAAAAAAGCCAAAACUUCCGAAGUCAUUAAUUUAAUUGAUCCCACAAUUCGAUAUUUAGAUUUAUCUGGCAUUAAUUUAUCUAAAGAUUUCCCGAUCUUUUUCCGUAACGGCACCAUAAAUCUGAUUGAAGUAAAAAUGUCCAACUGCAGCAUUGUCAGCACCUCCCUGGCAGUACCGACAUGUAACCUGGGCACGAUCAGACGCAUGGACUUAAGCUACAACGAUAUUACUAACAUUUCGGCCAACAGCAUCUUUCGUUGCAUGACCAAUUUAUAUGACCUAAACCUCAGUCACAAUGAAAAACUAGUGAGCCUGCAAGGUAUUGAAUAUGAAAUUAGCAAAGUCAAAUAUCUUGACCUAUCAUACACAGGAUUAGCAUUUUUAUCAGAGCUAACAUUUUCAUUUCUCAAAGAUGUGAAACUUUUAAAUCUGAGACAGACUCGUAUAACUGACGUUAGAUUUCUGCCCCCGACCACCAUUGAGAUUCUAGACCUCAGAGACACUUUGGUCAACAACCUGCCUUACGCUGAUAUGUUUAAACAUGUCGUGGUCUCGGUUCAUCUCCGUACCGAUUCUUUCAAACUCUGCUGCCCACAACUUCACAAUGCCAGUACAAAUAUCAGCUCCUGCUCUUUCACAAAAGAUCCUUUCUCGUCAUGCGCAGACCUCAUGAGUAAGUUUGCUCUCCGCAUCAUUUUGUGGGCUGCUUGUAUUUUGGCAGUGUUAGGAAAUCUGGCAGUUAUUAUUUACCGGUUGUUCUUUGACCGAAGUAUUUUCACAAUGGCCUAUGGCCACUUUGUAACACAUCUCAGCAUUUCGGACUUUUUCAUGGGCAUUUACCUGGGCAUUAUCGCUAUAGCAGACAUUCACUUCAGAGAUAAGUACAUCUGGGAAGAGAUUACAUGGAGGAAGAGCAUUGUAUGCAACACCGCUGGUUUCUUGUCCACCCUUUCCAUUGAGGUGUCUACAAUGUUUAUUGCGCUGAUUACGAUCGACCGCUUUCUUGUGAUAAGAUACCCAUUUGGACAGACGAGAAUUGCUGGGAGGUCAGUAAAUAUCUGCUGCUGCAUUACCUGGAUCGUCGGAUUUUCUGUUGCAUUAAUUCCGCUGUUGCCAUUCAGCCACUUUCUCAAUAUCUACAACACUAACGGGAUGUGCCUGGGACUCCCACUGGCCAACUAUAAAGAUUCUGGAAGGGAAUUUGCCAUUACCGUCUUCAUUUUCCUGAACUUUUCCUUGUUUGUCUUGAUUGCCUUUGGCCAGGUGAUUAUUUACAGAACCGUGUCGGCCAUGAGAAUGAAGGAAACGUCACUAACCAACAGCAACUCCAGGCGGUUUCAAGAUUUGGCUGUGGCUAAAAAUCUAGCUGUUGUGGCCAUCACAAACCUCCUCUUCUGGUCACCCAUAGGCGUCAUGGGAAUCAUGGUGCAGAGCGGUUAUACUAUCGGCAUCGAAGCAUAUGCCUGGACAGCCGUGCUAAUCUUGCCUAUCAAUGCAGCCGUUAAUCCACUUCUCUACACGGUUCCAGCGAUCACCCGGAAGCUGAACAAGGUCCAAGAAAGAACAUCAAGUUAA